AUGGUCGCUUGGAGAAAUGCAGCUUCUAUCAUAGUUGUAAGCCGCAGUACUCGACGUGUGCUGGUUAUGCGUCGUGGUGCCGGUGCAAAGUUUAUGCCGAAUGCUGUCGUAUUCCCUGGUGGUGUGGCUGCUGAUUCAGAUAAAUUACUUGGACCUCCAACCAAAAUUGCUGCACUUAGGGAACUUUUCGAAGAGACUGGCCUGAUUCUCGGUCAAAAAGACUCUGCAGCGACGUCACAAGAACUUCAUGAAUUGCAGAGAAAGACGAAAGUUGAUGCAAAUUCCUUCAAAUUGGUCUGCCCGUCUCCACCAGUUGAUGAACUAAUAGAAUGGAACAUAUGGCUUACUCCAGCGGGCUACAAACAAAGAUACAUGACAUCGUUUUUUCUAGCUGAAUAUGAUGGUGAACCAGAUAUCCGAAUGUGCGAAGAGGAAAUGUCCUAUUAUAUUUGGAUUGACCCAAAAGAAUGUCUGGAGAAGGCGUCGAAUGGCGAAUUCAUUCUUCCUCCACCACAAGUUUAUGAAUUAACUCGUAUAUCACAAAUUCCUAUCGAAAAGGUUCGCAAAUAUGGGAACACCACACAUGUUUUAUGUCCGCAGCAGGUGGAAUGGCCCAACGGUUCUCACAUAUCCGGUUUACUGCCGGGAGACCACUUGUAUAUUGGUAAAACCGAUUUCAAGGAGGACAGGUAUCAUCAACCACCUCGCAAAUUAUCGUCGGACGCCAUACAAGUCGACAUCGCCAAGCCCACACAUCGUGUCGAAUACCGCAAGAAUCCACUAUAUGCCGAAUGUAAAGUAUUUAUGCAUAACUUAUUAUCCCCAUAUUGUAAUGACUUCCAUCAAUUCAAUACGCGUUAUAGUGAGCAUAAACAGUGUUCUCGAUUAUAA